AUGGGCCAGGCGUUACUGUCGGUGCAGAAAAAUAUCAUGAAUGACGCAAUCUUCGAUGAAAACCACGAUGAGAUGGUGAAGGACAUCGAGCUGUUUUCUCUCUGUGAACAUCACCUGGUGCCCUUCUUUGGCAAAGCUCACAUAGCAUACCUCCCAAACAAGAAGGUAGUUGGACUCAGCAAGCUUGCUAGAAUUGUUGAGAUCUUCAGCAGGAGACUUCAAGUUCAGGAGCGUCUUACCAAACAGAUUGCUUCAGCCAUCUCUGAGGCGCUGGAGCCGGCUGGAGUAGCAGUGGUGAGUAUUUAACUUUUCCACAUGUGCAUGGUGAUGAGAGGAGUGCAGAAGAUAAACGCCAGCACUGUUACAAGUGUAAUGCUGGGAACAUUUCAGGAUAAUCCCACCACCAGGAAGGAGUUCCUUUCGCUUAUAAAGAAGUGA